CCGCCUGACUCAGGCCGGCGCCGCCGUAUUAAAACGCUCCAGCCCUGCACUUCCCUGCCGGGCUGAGCGCCACCGCAAAGAUGAAGCUUGCGAGCUGGUGCUGCCUGAGCUCUGCUGUCUUUGCUGCUUAUGGCUUCUUGGUUGGGGCGACCAACAGAACCGAGGAGAUUAAGGAUGAAACAGCCAACGACGCAUGCCCGGUGAGACUAGAGAGCAGAGGGAAAUGCGACGAGGAAGGCGAGUGUCCCUACCAGGUGAACCUGCCCCCGUUGACCAUUCAGCUCCCGAAGCACUUCAGCAGGAUUGAGGAGGUGUUCAAGGAAGUCCAGCACCUCAAAGAAAUCGUAAAUAGUCUGAAGAAAUCUUGCCAGGACUGCAAACUGCAGGCGGACGACAACAGAGAACCUGGCAGAAGGGGGCUGCUGUUGCCUAACACAGAAGACCUGGGAAAGGCUGGCGACAACAGAGUUAGAGAGCUAGAGAGUGAGGUCAACAAGUUAUCCUCUGACCUACAGCGUACAAAGGAGGAGAUCGACGUGCUUCAGGGUCGUCUGGAGAAGCUGAAUCUUGUAAAUAUGAACAAUGUAGAAAAUUAUAUUGAUAGCAAAGUGGCAAAUCUAACAUUUGUUGUCAAUAAUUUGGAUGGCAAAUGUUCAUCUAAGUGCCCCAAUCAAGAACACAUACAAUCACGUCCAGUUCAACAUCUAAUAUAUAAAGAUUGCUCUGACUACUACACAAUAGGCAAAAGAAGCAGUGAGACCUACAGAGUUACACCAGACCCCAAGUAUAGUAGCUUCGAAGUUUACUGUGACAUGGAGACCAUGGGGGGAGGCUGGACAGUGCUGCAGGCACGUCUCGAUGGAAGCACCAACUUCACCAGAACAUGGCAAGACUAUAAAGUAGGCUUUGGAAACCUCAGAAGAGAAUUUUGGCUGGGGAAUGAAAAAAUUCAUCUCUUGACUAAAAGUAAGGAUAUGAUUCUAAGAAUAGAUCUUGAAGACUUCAAUGGUGUCAAACUCUAUGCUUUGUAUGAUCAGUUUUAUGUGGCUAACGAGUUUCUCAAAUACCGUUUACACAUUGGUGACUAUAACGGCACCGCUGGAGAUGCCUUACAUUUCAGUAAACAUUACAACCAUGAUAAGAAGUUUUUCACCACUCCAGACAGAGACAAUGAUCGCUAUCCUUCUGGGAACUGUGGGCUCUACUAUAGCUCGGGCUGGUGGUUUGAUGCCUGUCUUUCUGCAAACUUAAAUGGCAAAUAUUACCACCAGAAAUACAGAGGUGUCCGUAAUGGGAUUUUCUGGGGUACCUGGCCAGGCAUAAAUGAGGCACAGCCUGCUGGUUAUAAGUCUUCCCUCAAAAAGGCCAAAAUGAUGAUCAGACCCAAGCACUUUAAGCCAUAAAUCACUAAUGCUUAUUUAUUCUCGUAUUCAUAGUAAUAGGACAAUUAAUCUCUUUAGCACUUUGGAAUACAUUUCAUACUUCUUUUUGCACGACAAAAAAAAAUACCUUUGAGCAGUGAAUUCUUAUGCUAUAAUCAUUUAACAUAAAGCUGCAAAUAUAUACAUGUUAAA